AUGGAAAAUCCAUCAGUCUCAAGCUUAAAAAAGCUCUGAAAAAUUAAAAAAAUCGGCGAAAAAUGAGAAACUUGCAACUGCUCAACUCUUCCAAACAAGGACUCCCGAGCCGAUUGUUUUGCAGCCAAAAAAGCUUCUAAAUCUUACAAAAAUAAAGUAAAAGGCAUCCAAAAUCAAGCUGAUUGAUGCUAUCAAGAAGUUGAACGAGGACCUUACUUAAGAAGCUCUAUGGUCAGCUAUACAAUUUGUAUGAGAAAAGUCGAAAAAUCUUUUGAAAACCUUGUACUUGAGUUCUACCCAAAAUUUCUGAAAUUUGAUAAUAGCUAA